AUUAGGCAGAUGGCCAGGCAAAGUUGAUCAGUGCGGGGAGGUGGCUGGCCUGCGCCCUCUCACCGUUGGGAACCGCCGAGAGAGUUGGACUUGACCCCGCCGCGCCCUGGGAGCGCAGUGCAGCGCCGAUUUGGUGCCCCGCGCGGGAGCGCACUUGCAAACUUGGUGGAGGUGCCCUGCGCGUCCUGUUGUGUAACCUCCGCGCCGCCAGCUGGACCGGGAAGUUGCCUGCCCGUCCUUCGGCUUGGUUUAGUCGCAACCCCGGGGUGAAUUUCAUGGCCCGCGACGAACGCGCGGCCAGAGCCGGCGUGGGCGAGCCCCCGCGCGCCCCGACUCGUGGGGAACUCCCGCGCACGGUCCCUUCCCCUCGCCCGCGCCUCCGAUGCGCACUGAGCCUCUCGCCGCUGCCGCCCGCUCGCCGCGGUCUGCCCCUCCGAGUUGCUGCCUGAGUUGGAGAACAGAGGAUGACCGAGGUCCCUUGGCCGGCUGUCCCCAACGGGACGGACACAGCCUUCCUGACUGGCCUGGGCUCGCCUUGGGGAAACAGUACGGUAGCCUCCACAGCAGCAGUCGCCUCUUCAUUCAGAUGUGCCCUGACCAAGACCGGCUUCCAGUUCUACUAUCUGCCGGCAGUCUACAUCUUAGUGUUCAUCAUAGGCUUCCUUGGCAACAGCGUGGCUAUCUGGAUGUUCGUUUUCCACAUGAAGCCUUGGAGCGGCAUCUCCGUGUACAUGUUCAACUUGGCUCUGGCCGACUUUUUGUACGUGCUCACCCUGCCAGCCCUCAUCUUCUACUACUUCAACAAGACUGACUGGAUCUUCGGGGAUGCUAUGUGCAAGCUUCAGAGAUUCAUCUUCCAUGUAAACCUCUACGGCAGCAUCUUGUUCCUCACCUGCAUCAGCGCACACAGGUACAGCGGUGUGGUGUACCCGCUCAAGUCCCUGGGCAGGCUCAAGAAGAAGAAUGCCAUUUAUGUCAGCGUGCUGGUGUGGCUCAUUGUGGUGGUGGCCAUCUCCCCCAUUCUCUUCUACUCUGGCACUGGGAUUCGGAAAAACAAAACUGUUACCUGCUAUGACACCACCUCCGAUGAGUACCUGCGAAGUUAUUUCAUCUACAGUAUGUGCACAACAGUGGCCAUGUUCUGCAUCCCCUUGGUGCUGAUCUUGGGCUGUUAUGGAUUAAUUGUUAGAGCUUUGAUUUACAAAGACCUGGACAACUCUCCUCUCAGAAGGAAGUCCAUUUACCUGGUAAUAAUUGUCCUGACGGUGUUUGCUGUAUCUUAUAUCCCUUUCCAUGUGAUGAAAACGAUGAAUUUGCGGGCGCGGUUGGAUUUCCAGACCCCAGAAAUGUGUGCUUUCAAUGACAGGGUCUAUGCCACUUACCAGGUGACAAGAGGUCUAGCAAGUCUCAACAGCUGUGUGGACCCCAUUCUUUAUUUCUUGGCGGGAGAUACAUUCAGAAGGAGAUUGUCCCGAGCCACCAGGAAAGCUUCCAGGAGGAGUGAGGCCAAUUUACAAUCCAAGAGUGAGGAAAUGACUCUCAAUAUUUUAUCUGAGUUCAAGCAGAAUGGAGACACAAGCUUGUGAAGGUCCAAGACCCAAACACCUCACUUUUGUAACAUGGUCAAAAGAAGUCCCUGAGACGACCUGUGCCUGUACAGGUCAGGAUGAAGCAACACUUUAUUGGCCAAAAGACCAAUUUGUGCCACCAGAUAUGAGUAAGCAUGUCCAUAGUAAAGACAGAUCUGUUGACAUUUGGGUGAAGGACACCUAAAAUUGUAAGAUUCAGCAAGUCAUUGAAUUUCACGCUACAAAACUGUUUUCAUUUCAAGUGCAAGGGUUUAUGUUUGUUCUUGGUUGUGUUGUUAAUCCUUACGAAUUGCUCUUUGACUCUUUGAAGAUUGCUUUGAAAUUAUAUUGAACUAAAGGGAUAAAUUAAGAAGAAACUUAGCACACAAGAGAGAAUUCAAAAUUAAAACCACGAUGUGGCAACUGAGAAGUUGUUGGAGUCCUGAUGCUUGAAGCCCAUUCUUCAUGAACAGAAAAGGUGACAGGACACCCAUUUGUUGACACCCUGGGUGCUGUGGGAAAUUGUGAACAGCAGACAAUGAGAACUGUUUGGAACCUUUUUCUGUGCUUCCCAGGACUCUUCCAUCUAGUCCUUGGAUAAAAUUCUCAGUGUUCACCAACUAUGGUAUGGACAGGUUGAAACCUGAAAAUCUCUGCUUACUCAGCCAGGAUACUAAACCAGCUUUUGAUAGGACAGAUACCAGUACUUAGCAACAGCUAGAAUUCAACUAGUGACAGGACUAAGACGAUGUGGUAUUAGUAAAUAUGUAUUGGAGCAUUUCUUUUGCCGAUCGAAUGUAAUUAUUGUAAUAGUAUUUAUUGAUGAAGCUCACAGUCCUUCAGCUGUACAGACUGUAAAACAUCUUUGAAGGUACAAAAUACUGAUGUAAAUUCUAUUUAUUGCAAUGUAUAAUAUCCAAAUGUCACACUGGCAUAUUUUACAAUAAUAUAUAAUGCUAGAUAAAAUGACAAUUAUAUUUAAGAUGUUUUUUCAGAUAUUAAUAUUGAACAUUUAAGACUAGUUUGUAUUUGGAUCUAAAAAAAUCUGUUUUAUUAUGGGUUUAAUUUUCCCUGGUUGGAUUUGCAUGUUUUCCUUACACAAUUUGGUGUUAGAUUACUAUAAGAUUCAUAGUGAGUAUGUAAUAUGUUAGAUAGGUUCUGUAUUGUGUACACUAUAUAUAUUUAUAUUAUAGAAAGUUUGUGUUGUCUUUUCAGAAAGUUUAGAAUAUUGCCCUAACUAUGGUCAGGGCUUCCACUGCCAAAGGCUAGAGGUUUGUUUUCUAUUCAAAAUUGAUGAUUUAGAAAUCUAGUGGGUGGGCAUUAUAGAUAUAACAUAAGAAUUUAAACACAAAUUUAGUGAAGUAGGGAGAGAAAAAUGCAGCUGAUAGACUUCUGCUAGAUCUUGAAGCUUUGUAUUGUCUUUUUUCUUAAGGUAACACAGUACAUUCUUAACUUCUUUGAGGUGGGGUUUUUAUGUAACACUACCAACAAGUUCAGCAUUGCAAUUGAUUUUAAUCUGUUUUCUUUGGGCAGUUGGUAACUUUAAUGCCAACAUUUUUAGUGAUAACUGUAUCAUUUGGCUGCUAAAUUCUGUCACAUUUUCUAAAUGAAGGUGAACUUACGUUACAUAUCAAAAUGUGUGCAUUUGAGUUGUGUUAUUUUAGCGAUUUUGCAAGAAAAUUUUAUUUUUAUAAUAUCUGUGAUUUUCAUGUAGAUGACUGAAGCAGAUUUCUUUGUGGUUAACAGUGCUAUCGAGUGAUAUGGAACAGUGUUACUUGACGUUUUGAGCCUUCUCAGGUUUAUCUGAAUCAGUGGUAGUUUAACAAAAUUUGGAUUGAUUUCACGUAAUUGUCUUUGUAAUAAAGGAGAAGUACACUCCUGUAAAAGCACAGUGUUGUUUGACUGUAGGAGGCUGCAGAAUCCCUGUAUUGCUAUGCUUUUGCCUCUGUGUGUGUGUGUGUGUGUGUGUGUGUGUGUGUGUUGUGUCCAAGGCAUGACAGCCAACCUUGUAUCUGCUAUUUAUAGUAACAGCAGAGCUUCAUAAUUGUGGUCAUCAGAAUUAUGCUUAUCAUAGACAAUUAAAGCUGAGAAAGAUUCAAUAAAACUAUGAAAUGUGG